AUAUUUCUCUACCAGCAAGAAGUUCUUCAUCAAAAAUCUCUCUUCAGUCUUACAUACCGUCUUAUUACGUGCUGCCACUUUCCAGAAACAUGGCUCCUCCAACCGAUAUCCCAAAUGACCUCCCCAAGAUCAAUCGCUUCAUCACAACCCACGACCCAGCCACAAAACAGGCCGUCUUUUCCAAUGCCAUUCCCGACGAGCAUAAAGUUGAUCCCAUUCCAGGGGCAGACUUCCGACUGGGAUAUGUAACAAAGGGAUUUCCUGUCGACCUAAACAACGAUGCCGACCUAAAAGUCUACAAACCAUAUCUAGAGAGCUCACCCGGUCUCGUCGUUUCAGGAGGAACGGUCCUCCGCUUCGUAGAUGUAGCGCCAGGCCAUCUAUCACCAAUGCAUCGCACGGUAUCGCUAGACUACGGUGUCGUGUUGGAGGGCGAGUUCGAGCUAGUACUAGAUUCUGGAGAAACCAGGCGCAUGAGUAGAGGAGACGUUGCGAUUCAAAGGGGCACAAUGCAUGCUUGGAGGAACCUGAGCUCGACGUCUUGGGGACGGAUGAUGUACGUGCUUCAGGAAUGCAAACAGGUAGAAGUCAAUGGUGAGGUUUUGAAGGAAGAUUAUGGAACGAUGCAGGGUGUGCCGAAGUCGUCGUAGUGUACUUGAGCUGGAUUUACAUUAUUGGCUUCGUAAAUAUCAAUCAAAUAUAUUUCUCUG